UUCCCCUUUUUGCCCUAAUUCCGAAAGGCCCCAAACUCUAGGGUUUCCGUCCACAUGCACCACCGGCUUCUGGUUCAUUGAAGUUGAUGGAGUUUCGAUUACUGUUUUUUGGUGUAGAAGUGAUCUCUAAUCUUGUUUGCUGUAUAUAUGAUUACUUAUAGCUAAUAGUUAUUUAUGAUGGGAAGGGGAAGCUUAUAUUAAUUUGUCAGUCCGGUGGUGAGUUUGUAACAAAUGACGAUGGGUCCUUGUCAUAUACUGGAGGAGAGGCACAUGCAAUAAAUAUCAAUCAUGAAACAUUUUUCGAUGAUCUCAAGUUGAAAUUAGCUGAAAUGUGGAAUUUGGAAUACCAAUCCUUGUCGAUCAAGUACUUUCUUCCUGGAAACAGGAAAACUCUGAUCACUUUAUCCACUGACAAAGACCUGAAGAGGAUGAUAGGUUUCCAUGGGGAUUCAGUAACAGCAGAUGUUUUUGUUAUGGGAAGAGAGGGUUUUGAUAGUCAUGCUCUGAACAUCCAUGCUUGCAGGGAAAGUGGGAUAAAACUGGCUGAGACGGUAAACCAUAUUGCUGUCUCCAUGAUGCCGGCUGUAGCACCUCAACCUUUUGCAAUUGCUCCUGUUUCUCUUGGUGUAAUGCCUUCUGGUGCCUUUCCUAUUGAUCCUGUUACAGUUGUUACAGAUGUAGCAUCCCCAGACACUACUACAACAGUUGCUCAUGCCGCUGUGACCGUCAGCCCAGUUGCUCCUGCAACUUUUCCUGUAUCAACAGUUGCUGACUCUCUAACUGCUGUUGAUGCAACUGCCCAAAGUCUCAAUGGAAUUAGUACUACUGCAAACCCUUUUGCUGCCUUUACCAUCACUGGUGAUCCAAGUGCUGCUGCCCCAACCCCAACUGCCCCUGUUGUUAUUCCUGCCACAGAUGCAACUGCUCACGGCUCGGCCAUCUUAGAUAUAACCUCAACCCCAGCAGACACUGUUAAGAAGCGAAGACGGACUGCAUCCUGGAAAUUUGGUGCCAAUGGUCCUACUAUUGUUUCUGUCACUGAUGAUGUUGGGGGGAAAAAAAGAACUGCAUCUCGGAAAAAAAAUUCCCGAAGUCAGAAUACUGUUCCAGUAGCUGAUAAUGUGGAGCAGCAACAAGAGAAUGGACCCUGGAAAGAUGACUUCAAUGGUUCCUCUAGUCUUGUCGCAUCUGAUGAUGUUCCACUGGAAAAAUUAGUUGCAUCAUGGAAAGAUGGCAUUACCGGUGUUGGCCAGGAAUUCAAAAGUGUCUAUGAAUUUCGUGAGGCGCUGCAGAAAUAUGCAAUUGCACAUCGCUUUGUUUACAGAUUAAAAAAGAAUGACACUAAUCGAGCAAGUGGCAGAUGUGUUGCUGAAGGCUGUUCUUGGAGGAUCCAUGCAUCUUGGGUACCAGCUGCACAAUCGUUUAGGAUAAAAAAGAUGACCAAGUCACACACAUGUGGAGGACAAUCCUGGAAGUCUGCUCAUCCUACGAAGAAUUGGUUAGUGAGUAUCAUAAAGGAUAGGUUACGAGAUACUCCACAUCACAAACCCAAGGAUAUUGCAAAAUGCAUUUUCCAGGACUUUGGAAUUGAAUUGAACUAUACACAAGUAUGGCGUGGAAUUGAGGAUGCCAGGGAGCAACUUCAAGGUUCGUACAAAGAGGCAUAUAAUCUGUUGCCCUGGUUUUGUGAGAAGUUGGUGGAGACAAAUCCUGGUAGUGUUGCUAAGCUUUUAAUCAAUGAUGACAAAAGAUUUGAACGCCUUUUUGUGUCCUUUCAUGCCUCAUUACAUGGUUUCCGGAAUGGAUGUCGCCCCCUUCUUUUCCUUGAUGCUACCUCUCUAAAAUCAAAAUACCAAGAGAUUUUAUUGAUAGCUACUGCAGUGGAUGGUAAUGAAGGAUUUUUCCCAGUAGCAUUUGCUAUUGUAGAUGUGGAGACUGAUGAUAAUUGGCUAUGGUUCUUAGAGCAGUUGAAAUCUGCAAUAUCAACAUUACAACCGAUGACCUUUGUCUCCGAUAGAGAGAAGGGCUUAAAGAAAUCUGUGCUUGAGGUAUUUGAGAAUGCCCAUCAUGGUUACUCCAUAUACUACCUUAUGGAAAACUUCAAGAAAAACUUGAAGGGUCCAUUCCAUGGAGAUGGAAGGGGUUCUUUGCCUAUCAAUUUCUUGGCUGCUACCCAUGCUAUCCGACUUGAUGGUUUUAAGAAGUUCACUGAGCAAAUUAAACGGGUUUCUUCAAAAGCAUACAACUGGGUCAUGCAAAUUGAGCCAGAGUGCUGGACAACUGUAUCAUUUGAGGGUGAGCACUACAACCAGAUUACAGUAGAUGUUAUUCAUGCAUAUAUUAACUUGAUAGAGGAGGUGCGAGAGUUACCUAUAAUACAGAAGAUAGAGGCGCUAAUAUGUAUGAUAAUGGAGUCGAUCAAUACCUGUCAAACAGAUUCGAGUACGUGGUCUUCACAGCUUACUCCAUCUAAGGAGGAAAAACUACAAGAUGAAAUUAUAAAAGCUCACAGCCUUAAAGUGUUAUUCUCUACUGAUACCCUAUUUGAGGUCCAUGAUGACUCCAUUAAUAUGGUGAAUAUUGAUAGCUGGGACUGUAGUUGCCUGCAGUGGAAAGCAACAGGGCUACCUUGCUGCCAUGCGAUUGCCGUCUUCAAUUGCACAGGAAGGAGUGUAUAUGAUUACUGUUCCAGAUACUUCACUCUCAAUAGCUUCCGGUUGACAUAUUCGGAAUCAAUAAACCCUUUGCCUAGCAUCAUCAAGUCUUUGGAUAAUGAAGAAGCUGCUGCAUUGCACACUCUGAAUGUGCUUCCUCCUUGUAUAUUGCGGCCAUUGAGCCAGCAGAAGAGGAAAAGGGUCAAAACAGAAGAGGUUAUGAGAAGGGCAGUUUCCUGCACCAGAUGCAAGUUAGCUGGGCACAACAAAGCUACGUGCAAGGCAACCUUAUAGGUCUGAUCUGUUUCUUUUUUGUAUGUUUUAUACUGUACAGGCUUCAUAACUAUUUAGAUAGUGAUGUACCAUAACAACUUGGAUGUGUUGUCCAUUGCCCUUCAUGCCCCUUCAUUAUAGUCUGAUGUUCAAAUCUCAAGUUCCACCCAUGUGUAUCUAAAUUCAUUUGUAAACUUUUGACCACCCAUAUUCCUGAAAUAUGUUUCAAGGAUAUUGUUAAUAAGAAGCAAAUUUAUGUGUUCAGAA